AUGUACAAACAGCUGGGAGGACAAGAAGGAGCUGCAUUGUGCGUCUGGAAUUCCUUGAAACAGAAUUUUGGAGUGCUGAGUUGAGCAUCAUAUCAAAAUGAAUCUUUUCUGUUUUUCAUUGGAAGGCUCCAUGGACAGCUUGUAUGAGCCAGUCCAAGAACACCAAGACCCCAACGAGACCAUUAGCAUCAGCAGCAGAGCUAGCACUCCACUGAGCACCUAUGUGAAAUGUGGACCUCCAGACAGAUCUCUGUCUUUGGAAUUUUCUGAUUUUGAGAACACUCUGACAAGAAAGAAAAAAUCCAUCCAGAAGUCCAUGUCUGAAAAUGAAGCAUUUGACAGGAAAAAUGUGAAUGGCGCACUUUGGCAGAAUUCCAAGAAGCCUGAGAAUGAUUCGUACAUCAAAAGGCACUGUCAGCUUGAAGAGCGCAAUGAAGAUUUUUCUAUUGCUGAUAGGAUACACUUACUGCAAGGAAAAAAGAUAGAAGAAACCACAUGUCAGGUGAUGACUUAUGAACAGUGGAUCCCACCUCGAGUUCACGGUCUGACUGAGCCCAGUAACAGUGAAAUGGUUCCAGAAUCAGACGAUAAUAAAGCUGAAUCAAUGGGAACAUUAAAACGAUUGCAGAAAUUGGUCCGAACCAAGAAAGCCAGUAUACAUAGUUUGGAUGAUGUCAAACAUGUUUUGAUACCUCUCAGUAAGUAA